AUGAUGAAGCUGGCUGUUGCGUCGCUUUCCGUUCUCCUCUUCGCUCAGGCGUGCGUCGACAACUCGGCCAACUGCGCCAGCUGGACGUCCAACGGUUUCUGCAGCAGCACAUUCUACACGACCGCUUACAAGACGCAGUACUGCCCGGCGAGCUGUGGUCUCUGCUCACUGGUUUCCACAACUGCGUCGACGACUGGAUGCCGGAAUACGAAUUCUAACUGCGCCUCGUGGGUGUCCAACGGUUUCUGCACCAGCACCGCCUAUACGGCUGCCCAGAAAGCCGCCUAUUGCCCGGUGAGCUGCGGACUGUGCGUCUCCACGACGGCUGCUUCAACCGCCACGACAAAAACGAGCACCACUGGCUCGACGGCCACCACCAAGACCAGCACCUCUGCCACCACAAAGACCAGCACGGCCAGCAGCACCUCGUCC